AGACGGAGGGAGAGAGGAAGGAAACCUUCUGAGGGCAGACAAAAGCGCAGUUUCAGGCUGGAGUUUGUUUACCUCCUCUGGUGCAGUUUCCACUCGGACGAAGCGGAUUAUUGAACCAUUCCUUCCCGGAGAAACUCCAGCCAAAGCUCUGGGAAUUAUUUCACGUUUUACCUUUUUUUACUUUUACAAGUUAAUGUUUUGCUCACUUCGGACCUGUGGAUCCCAUUCGGACUUGCAUUGAUACCUUUUAGACAUAUUUAUAUCACAACUUGUCAUCGUGUUAUUCUCUCGGCGCCAGCGGUGAUGUCCCGCCACUGACAUGCAUCAUCCAUCCAGACCACCAAACCGGUCCGAUGGCUCGACCGCAGUAACGCCAACACAGGGCAGCGGAGGAGAUCCACCACCCGCCGGUGCCGCUGGAGCCUCAACGCAAACCUCCCGUUCAGACAGCGUCGGCGAGCCGAUCCAGCGUUGCUCCACCGGAGGAGCAGAACCAGAAUCGCCGUCCUACUACAAAACCAAAUCCAUCUCUCCUCUCGACAGCCUCGGCGUGUUUCAGACGAGGUCAAUAUUCCACCUCCCUCGUCGCGCUUCCAGUGGAUAUUUCUCCUCUGACGGCGACUCGCUGCCGAGCUCCCCGCUCUCUCCGAGGCCAGUGACGGCUGACAGAGCCACGCAGACUCCUAGCCCCACCGGCCAGGUGAUGCAACACGCCCUACAGCGCAUGGCUGAGGCGCGCGGCGGAGGACCGGGGGCGCACCAGCAGCACGGACACUUUCCCAGCCCCUCUAGCACGCGGCCACGAAACGCAGCAGAGGACAUGCAGACAGAGGCAAUCGGACGAGAGCUCCGACGCAUCGGAGACGACUUCAACAGACUGCUUCUCCUAAGGGGGGCGGCAGGCGGACAUAGACGGGUCGUGAUCCAUCCGAACCCACUGCCGCACAUCCACCAGGAGCCCGCCAUGCUGCUCUGCGUGGGCCUCCUGCUCCUUGUGAUCGGACGGAUAAUCUACUUGCAAGGCAGCACAGACAGCCAGGACCACUCUCAGGUUUAGCCUUUGGAAAACUCAGCAGACGUAGCAUUUUUCUUUGAUAACGUGUCUGUGUUGGACUCAUCACACCUUCAGUCUCCUUUUCGUUUAUGGGGAACUAAGUUUUACCCGGCUUCCUCCUUUUUCCAGCGUGAGGAAGAAGACUUUGGGCUGUAUUACUUUUGAUGGAGAUGAGCUGUUAACACCUUUAAGGAUGUUUUUUCACUUCAGUUUUUUCUUUCACGGUCUCUGAGCCUUUUCACUGCUACCAAAGAGCCGGGAUUUUGCACUCCUUUCCAGCGCAGCAGCAAUCAUGUCAUCAAAAUCUGCCUCUGUGCAACAUUACGCCUGUGGAAAUUCAAACGUGCCUUGUACAGUUUCCUGUUUACUUUUUUAGCUUCUUUUAAGGUGUUUAUAUUGUACAGAGAUUAUGAGCUCCUCGGGUGAUCAACUCUGCAGACCCAGGGUUGUUAAAGUACGUGGGUCCAGUCCACAAAAUGUUCCCCCAUCUUUUCCCCCUGAAGGUUUCAAGCAGGGAAAAAAUGAUCUUGCACUCCCAUCCGGUCAGGAUCCAGCAUGCAACAGACUCGUGACCUGUGUGGGAACCAGCUGGGCCAAAGUUAUCGUUUUCAUCCUACAUUUUUAUCUCACGAUGUUUAGCAAACUACUGUGCCAUUCGACGUUUUGUUACCCUGAACCCCCUGAACAACUGUUCACCAGCAUUUUCAGACAUGAUGUUGAUAAUUUGAGCGCUAGCUGACACAGGUUUGACCCAUCAGAUGUCACGACAUCGUGCUUUUUGCAGACCUCUGCAACUAAACCUCCAUUUGGACAAGAUUGAUAUUCCAGGGAGAGGGGAGGCGGGUAGUAAAAUAUUUGGUAUCAUCCUCACUAACUAAACUCCUUCAUCCUCAUCAUCAGCUGAGGAAAAGCAGAUCUUUGCUUGCCAAAACAAAAACAAGUAUUUGAGACUUUCUAUGGUAGCAGGAGCAAAAGUGAGCUCUGGACUGAUCAGCAAAUUACCGAACUUUCCCAAAAGAAGAGAAUCCUGUCCAAAUGCAUCAUAAUACUGUCUUUGCAUGGAUUGAUGAUGAUGAGGUGUCCCGUUUUGUUUGUGUGUCAUAUUUCAAGACCCUGGAUCACAUUUUAGGUGCAGUAGCUCCCCUGCUACUGUUUGGCAAGUAUGUAAUCAGGUAAUCUGUAAUCCGGAUUAUUAUCCUUUAAAAGGUACUUCAAGUAGAUGCACCGAUCCUGCCGUUUAAAUAAAAAUGAGGACACGUUUCUUUGAGUUUCCACCAGUUUUCUAAACAUAGAUAUUUUAAUAAGUUUCUAGUCUUUGGAAAAUUGCAGAAUUAAUGUUUUAUCGAUGUAUUUCAUGACUACUUCAUGAUUUAUUAAACAACAAUUGGUACACAAUAGACAUUAUGAUCCUUUAAUGUGUAUAAAAAACCUUCACCACUGAUACCAGUAAGAUGAUACUGUACCAGCCUUCAAGUAUUUGAUACCAAUCUUCCUCUGCACAGAAAAGCCUGCGUGUUUUUGUCACAAGUAGAGCCAGAUUGAAUGCGGACGUCAAAGAUUUCCAAGAAUUUCAGAAUUUUAUCACCAGAUCCCACCUCUGGACAUGGACACCUAAAAGAUGAAGCAUUAAGGGGUUUCAUUUCCUUCUUUUCUCUGGUUGCGUUCAGCAUUAAAACAAAGAUUUUGCACACUGAUAAUCAGAAGCACGAGCAGAUUGCUUCACUUGCUGCCCAGUCAGUGGGGUGAGACUCAAAAGGGCAAGAUGACGAACAAAUCAGCCAUGAAAUCACGUGAGUCAUUUAAACCCUCCAACAGUGUCAUUUCCAGUUCUCUUGUUCACUCAUCCUCUACGAGCUGCAUCCACAAACCUGAUAUUGAAAGCGUUUUUCUACAAUAACUGACCAAACCGCGCUGUCUUCCGCUGUUCUUUGUUUCAGCCUCUGGUUUUACCAUUAGCAGCCAGACUGAACGUAGUUGGCAAGUAUUGGUUUGUUGACAAGGUCAUGUUAUCCGUUUAUUAGCGCAGUGAUUCAGACCCGGCCAAGUCUCCUCAUGCUUGCCAGGUCAUUAAACACUCUCAGAGAGAGAUUUCUGGACUACGACCAAACACUGAAUCAUGCAGAGUCAAAGAGGGUUUUGUCACUGACUGUUGAGCUAACAGUAGUAUAUCAAACGGCCGUGACACAGGCUUCAGAUUAAGUUCAUUUAUUGUUAUCUCUAAACUAAACUAAAACAUAUCAACGGCUGCGUGCUGCUCUUUAUCACAGGGAACACCAGGUGUUCAAUUACUGAGCAGUUAAUCCGCAUCAUUGAGGCCUUUUCUAUAAAACCAAAACGCACUGUUUAAAAAACACUUCCAAUAAAUCGUGAACAACUGUAAAUUGUGGCCCAGCUUUGUUUUUCGUGUCGAAUGGGCUCAUCGGUGCUCCGAUCACGACUGAAACAUCUGUAGCUACUGUAGUUUCUGCUCUCCAUCCUCAGGGGGCAGUAAUGAGCUCGUUACGUCUUGGGAGAAUACAACAAAUUCAAAAACUGAUUUAAACUUUAUUGGAAGUGUUUUCAAACAGUAUGGUUCAGGUUUUACAAAAGACCAACCAGCAAAUUUGGAAAUUUGGCGAAUGUUUUUCUGGUUAACCAUCCCAUCCCCCAUCUCCGUUAAAGACUAGCACACAGCCGCUUCCCUCAGCUUUUCUACGGUUUCCCAAGCAGUGAAUGAGACAUUCCCAAGCAGGGCUACCAAUAGCACAGAGGGGGUUUGGGUUCAGCACGUUUUGCCCUUUGAGCUACACAGUAGAAAACCUCAAACACUGUAUUUUAAGUCCACGAAUGCAGUGUUAAUGUCGACCAAACAGAUCUUUGUAAACUGUUGUGUUGUGGGUUGUUUUGGAUGGUACAAGUGAAAUGUGAGCAAAUUCUCUGUGUUGUUUUGAUCAAUCAAUCACCACAUCACAUCAGCCAGCGAGUGUCUGCUUCAUCCCGACUGGAAUAAAAACGGAAAAUUUGUUGCUCGUACAGUUUGACUGAGAUCUCAGUAGGUUCAGCUUCAGGAACUUAAAGCUUUACUCCUCAGUGGAUGAAAGCGUCUGUUGGCAGCAUUGAAGAUGCUGUGUUGUUAUGAGUGUCACAUGUGUUGUUUAACUAACAGCAAACCAGAGCAGCAGCUGCAGAAGUCUGUUGUAACACAAUCGAUAACCGCAUUCGAGUGAGUGUGUGUUUGAGUCAAGCUUGGAUGUUUCCACACGAAUGCAUCACAGACAAAGUGCGUACCUGGCUUUCAUCAUACCUGAAGUCUCAUUUCAGCCACGCUCAUCUGUGUAAUCUCAUGUUCUAAUACUGCUGAAUCAGCUGUUUAGCCUCAAAGUUUCAUUUUCAGACUUCCUCUGCUGAGAUGAUGGAUUACUGUCUGUUCAGUAGCUGAAGCCUGUUGACUUUUGUUCCAUUUGUUAUUACACACGUGAUAUAAAGGGUCCACAUUCCAGUGGAUAAAGUCAACAGAAGAACCAGCUUUUGUACAGAUGCAGAAAUCCUUAGAAAUUACACACGUGUGACAACAGUCUUACCAUAGUCAGGUGUUGAAUAGACAGGUAAAGCCAGGGGUGGGUCCAGAGGCGUGGAAUCUGAUUGGCCCCCACUACCAGAGUCAGACGGUGGUUUAUUUGGAUCAUGGAUAGAUUACUGAACCAGCUUACGGGGCACAGUAGAGCACCUGGACCAGAUCCUCUAUAUGAAGUGACUCCUAUUAUUUCUCGUUAGAAAGCCAAUCAAACAAUUAGAAAAAGACAUAAAAUGACUACAAAUAGGUGCAAAAGGGCCAAUUAGAGAUGCAAAACGACCACAAAGAGACAAAACAACGACAAAUUAUGCAAAGCAAUUACAGAGUGACACAAAACAGACAGACAAACAAAGAAUUCAGAAGCUUUCUAACUUUCUCAUCCAUCUUUCACUCACUGGUCACAGCUGAAAGGGUAAAAAUUCUCAUCCUUGUGUCCACAUUUAGUUUUCACCACACUACUUUCUGUUUCUACGUGUAUUUCCUCCCCGUGCUCUGCCAGGGAAACGUCUGAAAUGGCAUGAAACAUUUCAGACCGGCGACGCGCAGCAUCGCCGUGGAAAUGCACACGCCUCAGGCUCGCGUUGCUCUUCCUCCGCUGUGACAUUCAGAGCGCUGUGACUGCAUGUUGAUUUCUGAUAUUGUGCCAUGUGAAACCUAAGACCUCAUUUAGAAGUACUGUAUUACAGCUGGAGUGCGAGAGGAGAGCAUGGCAGGGAGGAAACCGAAAGAUGAAUUACCGUCUCUGAAACUGAUAUGGAAACCUGGUGAUGUGCUGAUUCACCGCCUGCCGUUCGUAGGUGUUACAGCGCACAAACGCCUGUGUGACAUUCAGGGUUUUACUGACUCGCAUCAGCACUGCUGGAGCCGCCGCGUCUGCUGAGCUUUUAGGCCUCGCAGAGCAGGAGAAUCAUCAAAAGUCUGAUGUGUUAACAGGAAAAUAAACUUUUCUUCACACUGUUUUGUCGCUGGGAUUGUAAAGGAGACGAACACAUGAAGCGAAGGGGACAGAGACACUGUGGUGUGUCGUGCUUUGCUGCAAACGCUGUACAAAAAACGCUUCUGUUGGAGUUCAGGCAGGAACAGGCACCGACCAACCUGAGCGACUCCAAAUGACCCAGUACAACUGUAGCAACAUGUCUUUUUGUUUAUACUGUUAUUGUACACUGAAAAUAUUGUAAUUAUGCUAUUUUAAUUGCUUUGAAAAUGUUUUCAACUGAUGUAAAUAAAGCUUUUACAUC